UUGGUAGAUCUCUAGCGGAAGUGGCGUCAGUUCCGCCCGGCGCGGGGGGAGGCGGAGCGCGGGCCCGCUGAGGCAGCGCCGCCGCCAUGUCCACAUCGCUGGGCUCCAACACCUAUAACCGGCAGAACUGGGAGGACGCGGACUUCCCUAUUCUGUGCCAGACAUGUCUUGGAGAAAACCCAUAUAUUCGAAUGACCAAAGAAAAAUAUGGAAAAGAAUGCAAGAUUUGUGCCAGGCCUUUCACAGUGUUCCGCUGGUGCCCUGGUGUUCGCAUGCGCUUCAAGAAGACAGAAGUGUGCCAAACGUGCAGCAAGCUGAAGAACGUCUGUCAAACCUGUCUGCUUGACCUGGAAUAUGGUUUGCCUAUUCAAGUGCGGGAUGCAGGACUGUCCCUUAAAGAUGAAAUGCCUAAAUCUGAUGUCAAUAAAGAAUACUACACCCAGAACAUGGAACGAGAGAUAUCCAAUUCUGAUGGCACUAGGCCAGUUGGUGCACUGGGAAAAGCUACAUCUACCAGUGACAUGCUGCUGAAGCUGGCUCGGACCACUCCUUAUUACAAACGUAACCGUCCUCACAUCUGUUCCUUCUGGGUAAAAGGAGAGUGCAAGAGAGGAGAAGAGUGUCCCUACAGACAUGAGAAACCUACAGAUCCAGACGAUCCUCUGGCUGAUCAGAACAUCAAAGAUCGUUACUAUGGAAUUAAUGAUCCCGUGGCUGAUAAACUCCUGAAGCGAGCAUCCACCAUGCCUCGUCUGGACCCCCCUGAUGACAAGACUAUCACUACACUGUAUGUUGGAGGGCUUGGAGAUACCAUCACUGAAUCAGAUCUCAGAAAUCACUUCUACCAGUUUGGGGAGAUCCGAACGAUCACGGUGGUGCAGAGGCAGCAAUGUGCCUUCAUCCAGUUCGCCACCCGCCAAGCAGCAGAAGUGGCUGCUGAGAAAUCCUUCAACAAGCUCAUCGUGAAUGGCCGCAGGCUCAAUGUCAAAUGGGGAAGGUCCCAGGCAGCAAGAGGAAAAGAUAAGGACAAGGAAGGUACUACAGAAUCCGGGAUAAAGCUGGAGCCAGUUCCAGGACUCCCUGGAGCUCUCCCUCCUCCUCCAGCUGCAGAAGAGGAGGCUUCUGCAAAUUACUUCAACCUACCUCCAAGUGGCCCUCCAGCCGUGGUUAACAUUGCCUUGCCUCCUCCUCCUGGCAUUGCUCCACCACCACCUCCAGGUUUCGGUCCACACAUGUUCCACGCCAUGGGGCCACCGCCUCCCUUCAUGCGAGCCCCAGGCCCCAUUCACUACCCAUCUCAAGAUCCCCAGAGGAUGGGUGCCCAUGCAGGGAAGCACAGCAGCCCCUAGCACCUCCUGCCACCCUCAUCCUUGAAGUAAAUGUUAUUUUCUAGUUACCAUGAUAGCACCAUAUGUCGAGCUGUGGGUGAGCUAGAGCAGCCUUAUUUCCCUACUUGCAGAUGCUGGGCAGGCUGAGCUCCGUGUGUCUGCUAGCUAAUCAGAUUGUGGAUACAUCCCAGAUCUUUCAUGUAGUGUUGAGGGGUGGGGGGGUUUAGGGGGAGAAGGGGCAGACAGAAGGGCUGUCAGGGAUCUGUGGAUCAGGUGUCCCAGAAUGACUGUGCUCUCGUGUAUCCCGUUUGCACACUUUUAAAUAAACUUCUGGAAGAAACAAAACCAAA